UUGCUGCCGCUGCCUCUCUUCCGCUCCCCUCCUGCAGUGGAGUCCUCCUCCUUUCCCACUUGCCCUGCCUUCCCUCGAUCGAGGCCCUUCCUUGUUCGUCGAGGAGAGAUCGAAAUCGAGAUCGGGAUCGGGAGAUCCAAGGAGGCGACGCGGAGGAAGGAUUCUUGAGGUAACCAUCUCCAGUAAUCCAUCUCAUCCACCAUGGCGGUGGCGGCGCCGGCCUCGGACGCCAAGCCGCGCCUCAACGUGCCACCGUCCAUGGCAUCCGCGCUCCGCCUCGAUCCCGUGGGGCUGGGGGCGGGACCCUCUAUGCCGUCCCCCUCCCGCCGACUCGCCGAGCCUCCCAAGACGCCCUCCCCAUCCAAGACCACCUACAGCGACCGUUUCAUCCCCUGCCGCUCCUCCUCCCGCCUCCAGAACUUCGCGCUAAUCGACUCCCCUCUCUCCCCAGCCAAGGACGACACGCCCUACUCCCGCCUCCUCCGCGCCGAGCUCUUUGGCCCCGAUUCACCCAAACCCACCACCGCCACCUCCGCAGCCUCCGCCUCGCCCAACACCAACCUCUUCCGCUUCAAGAAAGACCACUCCGCUCCCACCUCACCCUUCGCUAAAGCUGCCGCCGCGCACCAUGACUGCACCGCGGGAUCCGGAGACGCGCCGUCGCCGCAGAAGCCACCCAGGAAGGUCCCCAAAACGCCGCAUAAGGUCCUGGACGCGCCCUCCCUGCAGGACGACUUCUAUCUCAACCUCGUCGACUGGUCCUCGCAGAACGUGCUCGCCGUCGGCCUCGGCACCUGCGUCUACCUCUGGUCCGCGUCCAAUAGCAAGGUCACCAAGCUCUGCGAUUUGGGGCCUAGGGACAGCGUAUGCGCCGUGCAUUGGUCACGGGAAGGCUCUUAUCUUUCCAUUGGCACCGGCCUUGGAGAUGUCCAGAUUUGGGAUAGUUCUCGCUGUAAGCGGAUUAGAAAUAUGGGAGGUCACCAAACAAGGACUGGGGUAUUAGCAUGGAGCUCAUGCAUCUUGUCGUCGGGUAGCAGGGACAAGAACAUACUGCAGCAUGACAUCCGUGUCCCCAAUGACUAUAUCAGCAAGUUUUCUGGUCAUAGAUCAGAGGUUUGUGGACUCGAAUGGUCGCAUGACGACCGCGAGCUUGCCUCAGGCGGAAAUGACAACCAGUUAUUAGUCUGGAACCAACGAUCGCAACAGCCAGUUUUGCGGUUGACAGAACAUACAGCUGCUGUUAAAGCAAUAGCGUGGUCACCACAUCAGCAAGGACUCCUAGCAUCAGGAGGUGGAACAGCUGAUAGAUGCAUCAGGUUUUGGAACACGGCUAACGGAAAUGUUCUGAACUCAAUUGACACAGGCAGCCAGGUUUGCAACCUUGCCUGGUGCAAAAAUGUGAAUGAGCUUGUGAGCACACAUGGAUAUUCCCAAAAUCAGAUCAUGGUGUGGAAAUACCCAUCCAUGUCAAAGGUUGCAACUCUAACUGGACAUACGAUGCGUGUGCUUUACCUCGCGUCGUCGCCUGAUGGACAGACCAUAGUAACAGGGGCAGGUGACGAAACUCUACGGUUCUGGAACAUAUUUCCAUCAGUUAGAACACAGACUCCUGUGCGUGAUAUUGGGCUCUCGUCAUUCUCAAGAAGCCACAUCCGGUGAGGAGGCGGCAGGGCCUGGAGGGACCAGAUCGGAGGCAGACGAAAUGUUGUACUGAUACUGAGAUGUUGGUUUAUUGAGUGAUUCUUUUCUGUAUAUUGUGAGGCCCGGUAAUUUUUCAUUGAUUCUUUUUGUUGUUUGUACGUGUAAAAGACAAGAACUAAAAGUGUAAGCGACAUUUAACUUCACCAGUUGGAUUGGUUUGUUACUCAUUAA